GCUGUUGCUCCUCUCUAGCUAUCACGUUUCCGCUUGUCUUCUUUUCUAGAACUUUCUCGUGACGGCCAACAUCCACACAAACCUCAUGGCAACUGAACGCAGUUUUCCGGAUAGCUUCAUUGACGAAGAUCCUCAGAAAGCUCUGGAGGCACUUAAUGAAGCUUUGCAACCAGACACAGACAAUGCUGAGUGGUUUUGCCAGCGUGCUUAUGCCCACAUCCUUCUGAAAAACUACGUUUGUGCGGUUGAUGAUGCCACAAAAGCACAACAGCUAAAACCCGGCCUUCCACUUGCUUUCAUGCGAACAGGAAUAGCAGAGUACUAUCUGAACCACUAUAAAUCAGCACAUACAGCCUUCUCUCAGGGACACCAACUGGAUGUUUCUGACACAACAUUUGAGAUUUGGAUCAAGCGGUGUGAGGAGAAGAUGGGUGAUCAGACACAAGACAACAGCGUCAACAAGCAGACACCAGCCGUUCCAGCUGUCAAACAUGACUGGUAUCAAACUGAAUCUCAAGUCAUUGUCACAGUGAUGGCCAAAAAUGUACCCAAGGAUGGUGUGUGUGUCAACUUCAUGGAAAAAGAGCUUAGUGCCAGUAUUCAGAUAUCAUCAGGUGAGAACUACAGCCUUCACCUGCACCUGCUGCACCCCAUCAUUCCGGAACAGAGCAGCUUCAGGAUCCUCACCACCAAGGUGGAGAUCAAGAUGAAGAAGACAGAUGCCAUCAGAUGGGAGAAGCUGGAGGGAGAAGGACAGGAGUCCAACAUCAAACACUUCAAUCCCCACGAGUACCCAUCAUCGUCCCACUUGACCUGCAAAUGGGACCAGAUGGUGGUGGACCUUAAUGAGGAGGAGAAAAAAGAGAACCUAGAAGGAGAUGCGGCCCUCAACAAGCUCUUCCAGCAGAUCUACACUGACGGCUCAGAUGAGGUCAAGAGAGCCAUGAAUAAGUCUUUCAUGGAGUCGGGUGGUACGGUCCUGAGCACAAACUGGAAAGAUGUGGCCAAGAAAACAGUGGAAAUGAACCCACCAGACGAUGUAGAGUUUGUGAAGUAUUGAGCUUUCAACAACCCUACCCUCUAGCCCAUUUUAAUUUGUUUUGCCUCAUCUUUCUGCACACAUGUCCACCUGGGAAUCUCCUGGGAAAAUUUGGGAGUCUCUCUGGUUGUUUGAGUUCUCUCCGCUCUUAAGUCGUCGGUCUGGUGUUGUCAGCCCGCCUCAGUGCACGGACCUUUGGUUCCCUCACGCUCACUCGACCCAACACAUGGCCUACUACUGCAAGAGCUUGCAACCAGAUGGAAGGAGUCAGUUAAUUUGAAUAAUCUGUUGAGCGGAUUGAUUUCCAUUAUCUGAUUUUUAAAGGCCAAUAGACUCUAAAGUGAAGAAAGGUCCGAGUUAAAAUGAGACUGACGGACCUGAAAACGCUCCAGUUUAUCCAUCACAUUCUUAUUCUCUUUUGGUUCUCCUCGUCUUCUAAGAAAUAUCCACAGCUUUUAUGAUUCUCUUAUCAGCACACAUUAAGUAACACAAUUAAGAUCUUAUUUAAAAGUGCAUUGCAUAACUUUUGUUUUUUUUUCCUUUUGAGUGUUAUAUUCUGCAUUUCAUGAUUAGUAUAUAGUAUGUCAGACCUAACUGAGGGAGCACAUGUGAGUAUACAGUGGCAGUGCAGGGGCAAGAAGUAUUAAUCCUGUCAAAAAUGCUGAAUGACCAGGUUUUUUGAGCAGUAAAUUUCCCUUCUGAAGCCUUUUCGGGGAGUUUUUCCUUUGUGGUUUCAGUCAUACUUCAACCUCCAUCUCACUUUACUAACACAGUGUAGCUGUUGCCUCUGCUAUACUGAGAAACACCGAGUCAUGUGGCGCUGAAGUGACAAUGAUUUCAAUGUAACGGACAUUUAUUUAAUUCUUAUCGUUACACACUGCAGUUUUAACUCAUAACUAUGAAUUCAUUUCUUGGCAGUUUUUUUCCAGUACACCCUGUAAAAAUAAAAUCAACAGCAAUACGAUUAAAAACUGACUUUCAGCCUC